CUGCAGUCACUGGGAAGUUUGCGAGCCAUGGCUGUGUCUUCGCCAGAUCAAGCCAGGAUGGCCAUUACCAGCUGCAUCACGCAGCUGCAAGCUGUGCACCUGUUCUUGACACAUGCGUGGACAAGCCAAGGUUGGGCUCCGCCAGAAGGCGACUCCGAGGAAGAGCUGCUGGCCGAAGGCGGAUGGACCCCUCGACCCCGGACUCAAGGCCCAGACCGGCUCCGCCAGGUGCUGCUUCGCCUGCAAGGGAAUCCAGGCGAUCUGAUGGAGGCUGACUAUUGGACAGGCAUGGCAGAACGAGAUGCAGCGGGUCAAGCUGACUCGGAGUCUUUUAGUGCAGCAGAAGCAGAGCAGCCGGCAGAGAUGGCUACGUGGACUGUGGAGCAGUCCGCCGAGCAGCCUGCCGAGCAGCCUGCCGAGCAGCCUGCCGAGCAGUCUGCAGAACACUUGGUGGAGCAGCUUGCAGGUUUGUAUGCAGAACAGCCUGCAGACCAACCUGCAGAGAAGCCGACAGGACAGCCACAGCAAGAGGCUGCCUUCGUGGUGGACGAAGGCGUAGCAGAACGAGAUGCAGCUGGUCAAGUAGACUCGGAGCCUCCAAGAAUUGAAGACCAAACUGCACGGCACGCGCAAGCGCAGCGAAGCGCGAAGCUUGCAGAAGCCAAGCAAGACAAUGGAUGUGAUUCAGCCUUGCCAGGCGGAGGUGUAGCAGAAAGAGACGCUGCUGGUCAAGCAGACUCAUUGCCCUCGAGUGAGGAGCAGUCUGUGUACUCGACAGAGAAGCCUGUGGAGCAACCUGCAGAGUCUGCAGAGCGGCCUGAGUUGCAGCCUGCAGAGCAACCGGCGGAGCAACCUGCAGUGCAACCUGAGGAGCAACCAGAGUUGCAACCUGAGGAGCAACCAGCGUUGCAAGCUGAGGAGCAAUCCCAAGAGCAACUUGUGGAGCAACCUAGGGAGCAACCUGAGUUGCAACCCGCAGAGCAACCUGAGAAGCAACCAGUGCUGCAACCUGCAGAGCAACCUGCAGAGCAACCCGCGGAACAACCUAGGGAGCAACCUGAGUUGCAACUUGCAGAGCAACCUGAGGAGCAACCAGUGUUGCAACCUGCAGAGAAAAUUGCGGAGCAACCUGUGGACCAACCUGAGGAGCAACCUGACUUGCCACCUGCGGAGCAACCUGUAGAGCAACCUGAGGAGCAACCAGUGGACGAACCUGAGUUGCAACCUGCAGAGCAACCUGAGGAGCAACCUGUGGACCAACCUGAGGAGCAACCUGAGGAGCAACCUGAAUUGCCACCUGCAGAGCAACCUGUAGAGCAACCUGAGGAACCUGAGUUGCAACCUGCAGAGCAACCUGAGGAGCAACUUGUAAAGCAACCAGAGUUGCAACCUGAGCAACCUGCGGACAAACCUGUGGACCAACCUAGGGAGCGACCCGAGUUGCAACCUGCAGAGCAACCUGCGGAGCAACCGGAGUUGCAGCCUGCAGGGCAACCUGCGACGCGACCUGCGGAGCAGCCUGUGGACCAGCGUAGGGGUCAACCCGAGUUGCAACCUGCUGAGCAACCUGCGGAGCAGCCCGCGGCAGAGUCCGAGGAGCAUCCAGAGUUGCAACCUGCUGAGCUUUCUGUGGAGCAUCCUGUGGAGCAACCUGAAUGGUAUGGAGGGUGGAAAGCAGAUGGAUGGUGGAAUGCUGAUGAACACCACUAUCCCGCGCAGGGCACCGGGUGCGAUUCAGCCUCUGUAGUACACAGAGGUGAGGGAGAGCCGUUUGAGACUGACAAGGCGGCCCUGAAUGAAGGUGCCCAAAUUCAAGCCUCGACUUUGGAGUUCAAAGCGCCUCCGGUCUCCUUGCCACCGCCGCAACACUUGUCGCAGUCAGGCGGCUACCUGAUGUCAUGCCUCGCUCCAUGCGUGAGCACGGCAAGCGCUUUCAGCUUGGAGCCACCGCGAACCAAGCCAGCGCCCACCAGCCUGCUGAACAAAGACUUCACCCCGCUGGCUGCGCGGGCGCCGGAAAAGGCCCCCCCCGCGUGGCCGCCGCUUGAGCCGGCCGCUGGCUGGGCGCCGGGGCAGUGGGUGCCGCCGGAGAAGGCGCCGCCGGAGAAGGCUCCGCCACGAGAGCCGGAGAGGCGGCUGCACAAGGCGCCGCCAGAAAAGGCCCCGCCGAUGUUCGCAUCACAGCUGCCCCCACCACGAGAGAAGGCGCCGCCGCUGAAUCCGGCCAAAGAGGCCAAAGUUGCCAAAGCGUCAAGACCGCCGGAGAAGUCGCCGCCCAUGAGCCUUGCAGCACCGCCCAUGAGCCUUGCAGCACCGCCCAUGAGCCUUGCAGCACCGCCCAGUUUCUUGCCAACCAAGGCGCCUCCAACAAGUGUCAAGGCUCCACCACAGGGCAUCCAAAAUGAAUCAGCAGCGAGACCGCCGCCAGAGCCCGCUUCCAAGCCAGGAGCCGGAGCCUGGCAGCGCCUCCCGGAAGAGGCAUCGGCAGCCCAGCCGCCGAUGACCACGAAGCCUCCGCCAGCGUUCCUGCGGGGCGGCGUGGCUGGCGCAACAAUUCGGCGGCUGCAAGCAGAGGAGCUACUCCGCCCCAAGCCCCGUGUGCCGCCCCAGCCAGGCCCCGAGGAAGAGAUCGUGGACGUGUGACUCCCAGCGCCGUGGCGAAGCGGCCAAUGCGUCCUUCGGCGCAGGUGACCGCUUCGCACGCGAGCGUGCGCCUGCGAGGCGCUCGCUUGCGGGCGGCGAAAGUGGGGUGGAUCGGACGUAAUCGCGUGCGCGCCG